AAGCCCCUUUUAAAUUUGAUAAUAAUUGAAAAGAACUUUGGAGUUAUUUCAGUAUAUAAAUGGGCUUCUUUCACUUCAAGACAACAACACCAUCAAAGCCAACAAUUCAGCAUGUGUACGCAUUCAUUAAGGACAUCUUCCCAGGUGAAACUGCGGAACAUCUGUUCUGUAGUCUAACUAGGACUAAUUCCUGUGGAAAUUGUAUGCAUAUGGCAAUAUUGCUGUUGAAAAAAUGAGCUUUUCAGUCAAUAAUGAUGAAUUUUAUACUGAAGAGGAGAGUGUUACUGCAGAUGACUCCUGGACCCUGGUCCAAACAAUGAACUAUGUAGGACAGCUGGCUGGACAGGUCCUAGUUACAGUGAAGGAACUGUACAAAGGAAUCAACCAAGCCACCCUCUCGGGCUGCAUUGAUGUCAUAGUGGUACGACAGGAAGAUGGAACCUAUCAGUGUUCCCCGUUUCACGUACGAUUUGGAAAGCUGGGGGUGCUGCGCUCCAAAGAAAAAGUGAUCGACAUAGAGAUUAAUGGGGAGCCAGUGGAACUUCACAUGAAACUGGGGGACAAUGGAGAGGCUUUUUUUGUACAAGAAACUGAAGAGAAAAAUGAGAUUGUUCCUGCCCACCUGGCUACUUCACCUAUUCCUACAGAGGUCCAGAUGUUCUGGAAACUCGACCCCAAUGAGCUCAAGGGAAUGGAGGACAGAGCAGCACAGUGUCCUGUGGCAGCAGAUCCCGAGAGUGUGGUGCACAGCAUGGGCUCGGUGAAGAAGAAAAAGCGAAGGAGAAAGAAGCAUAAAGCAGAUAGCAGGAAAGAGGAGCAGCCACCAUGUCCUGGGAGUGAAGAGAUCUUUGAAAUGGAUAUGAGCUCUGAUGAGGAACAAGCAGUACAUGCUACAAGGAGUUCUUCCUUUACUCCUGUAAAAGAUGAUGAGUAUAAGCAGCCACUGAUCCUACACACCCGGGAUCAUUACCCUUUUUCUGAUGGAGACUGGUCCCCCUCUGACAACAUGGCUAUGUCCCAGCCGUUUUCCCCUAAGAGUGACUCCGAGUUGAUGGUGAAGCCUUCAGAGAGCCUGCUGAGAACCGAGUCCCACAUGCAGUGGACAUGGGGAGAGUUCCCUGAAUCCACAAGGGUCAGUAAAAAGGAUAAAGCUGAGCCUUUGAAAACAGUCACUAUCACUCCUUCAGAAAACACACACUUCCGAGUCAUCCUUAGCUCUGAUGCGAUGCAAGAGGAGAUGGAUGACCAGAUGACAGUUGUGGACACUGUUUGUACAAUAGUAAAGCCGGAGCCCAGAACCCAUACAGGCAGUGUCCAGCAGCAGGCUUCUAAUGACCUUCCUGCAGUUACUGCUACAAUGACAACUGGCAGCAGCAGUGUUGCAGUGACUGUGCCUGAAGAUUCUCCACAUUCUGCUACUUCUUUUCACCAGCCUGUGGAUGUCAUAUCGGAGAUUAAGCCAAGUUCAAAAACAGACUCCCCUUCCAAAAAGAAAGGUUUGCGCAAGAGAAGCCAACACCAGGGUCCUGAAGACAUCUAUUUGGAUGAUCUGAAUGUACUGGAGCCAGAUGUUGCUGCACGUUACUUCCCUAAAAGUGAAUCGGACCCUGGUCCCAAGCACUGGAUGGAGUCAGAAACACACUCUGGCUCUCAGUCUCCGCAGUCAGUAGGAAGUGCCGCUGCAGACAGUGGUACUGAGUGUCUGUCGGAUUCUGCCACUGACAUGCCAGAUGUCACUCUGUCUCUUUGUGGAGGACUUGGUGAAAACUCAGAGAUUUCUAAAGAAAAAUUCCUGGAACAUAUCGUAACUUAUCAGGAAUUUGCUGAAAAUCCAGGUCUUAUUGACAACCCAAAUUUAGUCGUAAGGAUAGCAAACAGAUAUUACAACUGGACGCUGGCAGCUCCCAUGAUACUGAGCCUACAGACUUUUCAGAAGAGCCUACCUAAGACCACAGUGGAGGCCUGGGUACAAGAAAAGAUGCCAAAGAAGUCUGGAAGGUGGUGGUUCUGGCGCAAGAGCACUGUCAAACAGCUUUCAGAGACCAAACUUGAAACCCAAGAUUCACUGAGUGGCACUGAUCCUCCUCACUGCCAGGAUAAUACCAGUAUGAGGUCAAAGGAAGGGGACUCUUCAAGCAAUGAGGAAUCAAACGAGAUUAACAAAUCAGCUCACAAGGAUAUAAUUCAAACUGAAAAUCUCUGCCAAGGAAAUACUACCUCUUAUAAGAAGUCACUUCGGCUGUCUUCAGAUCAAAUUGCAAGUUUAAAGUUGAAAGAAGGUCCAAAUGAUGUUAUGUUCAGCAUCACAACCCAAUAUCAAGGCACAUGUCGGUGUGAAGGAACCAUCUACCUCUGGAACUGGGAUGACAAGGUCAUUAUUUCUGACAUUGAUGGGACAAUUACCAAAUCUGAUGCUCUUGGGCAAAUUCUCCCCCAGCUUGGCAAGGACUGGACACAUCAAGGCAUUGCUAAGCUGUACCAUUCAGUACACGAGAAUGGCUACAAGUUCUUGUACUGUUCAGCUCGAGCCAUUGGAAUGGCUGAUAUGACGAGAGGUUAUCUGCACUGGGUCAAUGACAGAGGGACAAUUCUUCCUCGUGGUCCUCUUAUGCUGUCCCCAAGCAGCCUGUUCUCUGCAUUUCACAGGGAGGUUAUCGAGAAGAAACCUGAGAAGUUUAAGAUCGAAUGCCUUACUGAUAUCAAAAAUUUAUUUCAACUUAAUAAACAUCCAUUCUAUGCUGCAUUUGGGAACAGGCCUAAUGAUGUUUUUGCUUAUAAGCAAGUGGGAGUCCCAGUCUGUAGAAUUUUUACAGUGAAUCCAAAAGGUGAAUUAAUACAAGAACAAACUAAAGGAAACAAGUCCUCGUACAGCAGACUGAGUGUGCUGGUUGAACACGUUUUCCCGUUGCUGAACAAAGAACAGAGCUCGGCUUUUGCUUUCCCCGAAUUCAGCUCUUUCUGCUACUGGAGGGAACCAAUUCUGGAGAUUGACAUGGAAGACUUGGCCUAAGUACGACAUGCUGUUACUGAAGUUGGUGGAUAAAAUGAAUAUUCUCUUACCAAGGAUUAUUUCAGCCGAUUUGUUGUAGUAAAGUCAGAUCCUGUAUUUUUAAUAAGCAGUGAUGGUCAUAAAGGUAUUUUCACAAAUGGAUAAAGACAAAAAGAACAGCGGGUGUCAGUAAGUUAAACUUUUAUUUUUCUUUAGUACUGAUUUAAAGCCUUUUUCAAUCCACUAAUUAUUAUAUGCUGGUAAUAUCUGUUUUAAUUUUGAACUACACAAUGACAAAAUACUAGUAAACACUGUACUGGUAUCUGUCACCUAAAAUUGCUUAAAAAAAAAAAAAAAAAAUUAUUAAUAUAAUGCACAGCCAGCAAAUUUCCGUUAGAAAAAACUAAAUUUGAGGAUUCUCCAUUACCAUAAUAUAUAAAAUGCGUAUUAACAGCAUAUUUAAAUAAGCUAAAUAGUAUUAAGAAUAUACAGUAAAGCUGUGUAGUAGUAUCAGGUAAGGAAUACUAGCUUGAGAUAGUUUUGUUAUUUUGCACUGCUGUAGUCGAAAUGGGUCACAAUGAAGAAAUGUACUUUUGUAAAAGUGAAUUCAUAUAUACUUUCCACCCCUAUUUAAAAAAAAAAAAAAAAAAAAAAAAAAAAAAAUCAAUUCAAUUUUACGAUUAAC